GGAAGAAGGAUGCUAUGGGGUUGGGAAGAAGGAUGCUAUGGGGUUGGGAAGAAGGAUGCUAUGGGGUUGGGAAGAAGGAUGCUAUGGGGUUGGGAAGAAGGAUGCUAUGGGGUUGGGAAGAAGGAUGCGAUGGGGUUGGGAAGAAGGAUGCUAUGGGGUUGGGAAGAAGGAUGCUAUGGGGUUGGGAAGAAGGAUGCGAUGGGGUUGGGAAGAAGGAUGCUAUGGGGUUGGGAAGAAGGAUGCGAUGGGGUUGGGAAGAAGGAUGCUAUGGGGUUGGGAAGAAGGAUGCUAUGGGGUUGGGAAGAAGGAUGCGAUGGGGUUGGGAAGAAGGAUGCGAUGGGGUUGGGAAGAAGGAUGCUAUGGGGUUGGGAAGAAGGAUGCGAUGGGGUUGGGAAGAAGGAUGCGAUGGGGUUGGGAAGCACCGGGAGCGACGCACCUUGAGGGAAGCCAAGGUGACAGGGGAGCGGACAGGGCAGAAUGACAGGGAGGCAGAGCGCGCCGACGACCACUUUGGGGUUGGCGUAGUGCACGCGCCCACACCGCUCGCUGCUGCACACGUCCCUCGGCUUGUCGCGAGGUGGGGGACGGCGACAAGGAUGCGAGCUGCUAGAUUCUCACCGACGGGUGGGACAGUGGAGGACAGGGAUGGGGAUGAGGAUGGGGAUGGGGAUGGGGAUGGGGAUGGGGGUGGGGAUGGGGAUGGGGAUGGGGGUGGGGAUGGGGAUGGAGAUGGGGAUGGGGAUGGGGACGGGGAUGGGGAUGGGGGUCGGGAUGGGGAUGGGGGUGGGGGCGGGGGUGGGGAUGGGGAUGGGGAUGGGGGUGGGGAUGGGGAUGGGGAUGGGGAUGGGGAUGGGGACGGGGAUGGGGAUGGGGAUGGGGAUGGGGAUGGGGAUGGGGGUGGGGAUGGGGAUGGGGAUGGGGAUGGGGAUGGGGAUGGGGAUGGGGGUGGGGAUGGGGGUGGGGAUGGGGAUGGGGAUGGGGAUGGGGAUGGGGAUGGGGAUGGGGGUGGGGAUGGGGAUGGAGAUGGGGAUGGGGAUGCGGAUGGGGAUGGGGAUGGGGAUGGGGAUGGAGAUGGGGGCGGGGAUGGAGAUGGGGGCGGGGAUGGGGAUGGGGGCGGGGAUGGGGAUGGGGGCGGGGAUGGGGAUGGGGAUGGGGAUGGGGAUGGGGGUGGGGGUGGGGAUGGGGAUGGGGAUGGGGGUGGGGAUGGGGAUGGGGAUGGGGGUGGGGAUGGGGAUGGAGAUGGGGAUGGGGAUGGGGACGGGGAUGGGGAUGGGGGUGGGGAUGGGGAUGGGGGUCGGGAUGGGGAUGGGGGUGGGGGCGGGGGUGGGGAUGGGGAUGGGGAUGGGGGUGGGGAUGGGGAUGGGGAUGGGGAUGGGGAUGGGGACGGGGAUGGGGAUGGGGGUGGGGAUGGGGAUGGGGGUGGGGGUGGGGAUGGGGAUGGGGGUUGGGUUGACGACGAUGAUGAUGAUGAUGAUGAUGAUGAUGAUGAUGAUGAUGAUGAUGAUGAUGAUGAUGAUGAUGAUGAUGAUGAUGAUGAUGAUGAUGAUGAUGAUGAUGAUGAUGAUGAUCAUGAUCAUGAUCAUGAUCAUGAUCAUGAUCAUGAUGAUCAUGAUCAUCAUCACAGGGAGAAUAGAACGCGGUUGCUGCUGCCUGCCCGCGUGCCCUCCUUCCCCUUCCCCUCCUCCUUCCCCUCCUCCUUCCCCUCCUCCUUCCCCUUCUCCUCCUCCUUCCCCUCCUCCUUCCCCUCCUCCUUCCCCUUCUCCUUCUCCACCGCCCCCGACGCCCCCAAUACAAGGCGUUGCCCCGCCACAUCCCCCACCCUCCCCUCCUCGUCAUUCACCCCUUCUCCCACCUGCUCCGCCCCAGCUCCACCACCCACAGCGCGCACUGCCCUCCUGCCCGCCCUUAGCGUGCGGCACCGCUGCUCGCUGCCGUGCGCCCGUGGCAGCCACACCACAGGCCUCGCAGCGCCACUCACACCACGCCACGCGCCACUGCCGCACCUGCUGAUGCCUGCCUGCCUUCGCCCACACAUCUGCUCCCCCCCGCCCUGCCCUGCUCCCUCCCCCCAUCCCCCUCCCCCCGUCCGCCCCCUCUGCCACGCCCUCACACGCGGUUGCAUGGCAAUGGGCGGGGCGGAGACGCUGCAGCCGCGCCGACCCCGCCAUUCCGCUCCCCCUCACGCUGCGCCUCUCGCUGCCCCUCUCACUCCUCCUCUCGCUCUCCCCGCCUCCGCUAUCGCUCUCACUGCGUCCUCUCCGCUGCCAGUGUCUGGAGAUGGAAAGGGGAGAGGGAGUGGGAUUAGAUGGGGAGAAAUGCCUGCGGGAUACGAUAGGCAGGGCAGAAUUCGGAAAAAAGGCGCGCGGAGGGGCACGGUGGGGCGCAUGGAGGGGCGCAUGGAGGGGCGCAUGGAAAGGGUUACGACCGACGGGGGUGGGGUGGAUGAGCGCGACUGGCGUGGCGCGGCGCACCAGCCUUUGUGUGGCACGCCCGGCCCGCCUCUAUGCCGCACGCGUGGCGCGCGGGUGACGCGUGGGCUCGCGGGACAGCAUAGGGGUUGCGGCUAG